UGCAGCGGCGCGCGGGACAUACUGGGAUGAAGGCGAAGGCGAAGGCGCCGGCCUCCGAGCGCGCCGCGAGCAUCCUCGCCGCUCAUCCGGGGGCUGUCGGGAAGCUCGCGCGGAAGAGAAGCAAGAAGAGGUUCUGGAAGAGCAAAGCGCGAGAAGGAAGCAGCACGCCGGGAAGCGUCCCCAGAGUGGCCGUGGGGCGGCCUCCCAAGGCACCCGAAGACUUUUCUCAAAACUGGAAGGCGCUGAGGGAGCUGCUGAAGCAAACAUCACAAACCCCAGAAAAGCCUGUUGUCUCUCAGACGGAUCCAAAAAAGCAGCCUCACCUUAACCAACAGAACAGAAAAGAGACCUCAGCUAAAGUCAAGGGAGAGGAGAUGCCAACAAAAAAAGACCAGGAGGCCACAGGGGGCUCUGUUCCCUCUGGAUCUAGGAAGGAAAGGAUCGUGCCAGUACCUCCCGCAGAGGCCAAGGGAGCAGAGCAUAAGAAAGGAGCCAAGAAAAGGACAAAUGGUGAUAUUUCUUUGAAACAAGGGAACAUCAAGCAUAAGAAGCGGAAAGCUAAGGAAGCAGCCGUGGCCUCAGCUCCAGCCCUGCCCACUGAGGAAGACAUCUGGUUUGAUGAUGUUGAUCCAGCAGAUAUCGAAGCUGCUAUAGGCCCAGAGGCAGCCAGGAUAGCAAGGAGGCAGCUGGGCCAGAGGGAGAGCAGCACCACCCUGGUGAAGGAGCAGGCCUUCCACGGCCUGACAAGAGCCUUGGCCCUGGAUUGUGAGAUGGUGGGCGUGGGCCCCAAGGGGGAGGAGAGCAUCGUGGCCCGCGUGUCCCUCGUGAACCAGUAUGGGAAGUGCGUUUAUGACAAGUACGUGAAGCCCACCGAGCCCGUGACAGACUACAGGACAGCGGUCAGUGGGAUUCGGCCCGAGAAGCUCAAGCAGGGAGAAGAGCUUGAGGUUGUGCAGAGGGAAGUGGCAGAAAUGCUCAAGGGCAGAAUCCUGGUGGGGCACGCGCUUCACAAUGAUUUAAAGGUGCUGUUUCUUGAUCAUCCAAAAAAGAAAAUCCGGGACACCCAGAAAUACAAACCUUUCAAGAGUCAAGUAAAGAGUGGGAGGCCAUCUCUGAAACUACUUUCUGAGAAAAUCCUGGGCAUCAGGGUCCAGCAGGCAGAGCACUGUUCGAUCCAGGAUGCCCAGGCAGCAAUGAGGCUCUAUGUCAUGGUGAAGAGGGAGUGGGAGAACACUGCAGGAGACAGGCGCCCCCCGGCCUCUGCCCCAGACAGCUGCAAUGAGAACUCCUAGCCUGCUGCCUGCUCCCGCUGCCCCACCCUCCAUCCUGUCAAGCACCUCCGUCCAGUGGCAGUGGGGACCAGAUCCUGGGACCAGUGGAGUCGCUCCAAAGUGGGACAGGGGUGAAUUGUGUUCAAAGCCAGAACCAUGGGGCUUCCUUCUCCCUCUGGCCUCUGCUGCAUCUGGGUGUUUAGGGCAGGAUGAGCAGGGGUGUGUCCUAGGCACAGCCAGGAAGUGGUAGCGGGUUGGGGUUGCCUAGUGGCUCCACUGUCUGCUGACCUCCAGAGGAAGAAUGGGAUGUCUGGGCUGUCCCUGAAGACCUGACUGCCCUGGGUGCUCAGCUCCUUCCUCUGAGGAGGCCACUGCCUCUCCAUCGUUGCGGGUGAUGGAUAUAGGCUUUGUUGGCCCCAGUUCAAACCCUGUCUGCAGGUGGCUGCUGACUGCAGCUGAAUAGCACAGCAGCUGCCCCACCAGGACUUGCCUGAGGCCGUUGGACAUGGAGAAGGGCUUCCUGGGGGUGGGGUCCUGUUUAUCACCUGUUUACCUCAGUUGGCCAGCAUCCAGCAGACCAGCAGAGGCUUCUCCCCACAGCCAGUCAUGUGAGACUCGGGACACACUUUUCUAUUCCUGAAGCUCCCUGCCAACCUUGGGCAGCCAAGCUGGCCAGUCUGUGAGCACCUAUGGGCAGCCUGCGGUCUUCAGGCCAGGCUCGGGUCUGAGGAUCUCUCUGGGAACUGAUCAGGAGUGGAGUGCACCAAGCCCAGGGCUUCAUCAGGCCAUCUGAUAGCUGUGUGGACAGUGUGCACCCACAGAGGACAUCCCUGGCACAGAGACAGAUGCUCACCUCACAUGGAGUUUGUGGGGCUGGGUUGGCUCAGUGGUGGGCACUCACCUCCCCUGCGUGGGCCAGGCCUGCCCCAGCACCAUGUAACAAUAAACAAAUGAAGCUUGUG